UUCCACCAAGCAGUAUUUAUGAUAUUUGGCAUGUCCACGGGUAAAUAAGAGUGAGGAUGGGCUUUUCUGGCAGAAGUCUUACCAUGGAUAGGAUUGGAGACUGGCCCUCCAACAAAAUCAGGAAACGAAGAAGCCGGUCACCAUUUCGUGAUGUUUCACCUGUACCGUCACAUUACUCAGAACCGGUCUCAUUCUUACAACACCGGGAUGUAAUUGCUAGCCUUCCUCGCCUCCAUGGUGUAAAAGGGGCACUAAGGGAUGAAGACGACGAUGACGACACUCGGAGUCACAAGAGCCUACCAGCGGUGAUGACUGCAUUAACCCUCCAACCCAGACACAAUAGGUCACACAGAGUUUCUGAGAAUAAAGUCAUUUCCAGAAUUCCCCCUAUUAUAAGCUCCAGGUGCAGUUUGAUUGUGAAAGGCACUGGGUGCAAAACUGUCUUCAAACUUCCACCGAUCACCAAAUCCAGAAAAACUUGGAAGGAAAUGGACCCCCCGAGACCACCUUGUAGGGCUGGAUGCAGGCCAGACAAAAUGGAAACUGAUUCAGCAAAACAUGCUCAUGCAUUCAACCAUCCGAAAAUUGUACCUGUCGGCCAGACGGCUCUGUCUGUCAAGGUGCACAGUGUUCAAGGAAAUGGGCCCUACCUGCCCCCUUUCAAAGCCUCUGGAGUGUCAAUGGGAUCUCGCCUCACUUUCCAAAGUCCUGUAGUGCAGGCAGUGUACCCUAUCAGUUCUGACACUGUGCAACAAAUGGGGCAGACUGACAGAGCAUGCCAACCCCUGAGGUCUGUACUGAAGAAAGCACAUACACCAAAUGGAGGAGUGUUUAACUGCACACUGGCACCCCACCUGCUGGAGCCAUUUUCUGGGUUCCAAGAGCAUUUGUGCCGCCAGAUCCUCCACUCUCCCCUACCUCAUCGUACAGCUCUGCCACAGGUCCAUAUAUCUUGCCACCAGGACCAGGUGCAACUGGUGCCUGCCCGCAGGGGCCCAUAUGGCUCCCUGAUGGAACGCACUGUGGAGCUUUGCAACUCCCAAGGACAAAAGCUUCCCAGGAUCACCAUGACUUGCCCAACACCUUCUCCAAAACACCUCUGUCGCACUGAGACGAGACAUGUGGCUUGAUAGACAAAACAAUCUUGCACUUUUACUGUUACUUAAUAGUACUGUCCAUUUAAAGGGAUAGUUUACCAAGAAUACAAAUUCUGAGAUUCUUUACUCAUCCUCAUGUAGUUCCAAAACUGUAAGACUAUUUUUCUUGUGUGGAACACAAAAGGAGAAGUUUAGCAGAAUGUUGACUCUGCUCUUUUCCAUACUUUGAAAGUGAAUGAUGAUUAAAGCCUGUAAAGCUCAAAAAUGGAAAAAAAGCAUCCUAAAAGUUGUGCAUGCGAGUCUUCUGAAGCCAAACGAUAGCUUUGUGCGAAAAUAGGACUUCAGAAAGAGUGUUAGAAAGUUUUUAUUCAAGUUAUUCAAUUUCAGGAAGUUGUUAUUCACUGAUAUUCUUUUUCCACUGCCGCAGCUCUUACAUCUCAAUAAUGCAACACAACAUUGUUUCUCGUGUGCCUCGUAACCGAUCACGACAUGCAACAUUUGAAUAUGCACAUAUUCAAAUCGCACAAAUGAGAGUUGAGGACUAUAACAGAGGGGAAGAUUUUAAGUGAAUGACUUAAAUUUCGGUCAACUCGUCACACAAAGCUAUCUUAUGGCUUCAGAAGACUUGAAAUAUAGUGCACAAUUCAUAUCAACUAAUGUUUUGGUACUUUUAUGCUGCUUUUUUUUUUUGGACAUUUUUGGAGCUUGACAGUCCAAUAGAGCUUAAAAUAGGGUAACAUAAACAUGUGUCAUUACUCAGGGUGACAUAAGAUCACCAAAUUCAAUCUUGGCAUUGCAGUCUCUAGGCACAAUCAUGAUCAUUAGCUCGAUUACACUUCCUAGCACUUGAUUCAUGCGCAGAGCGCUAGAGGGCACAAGGGUAUUCAAGCUUGAAAUCAUGAUCGCCAUGGAGACUGAUGAUGUCAAGGUUUAUAGUGAAAAAAGAGUUAUAUUUUGGUCUGUUCUCCCCCAAAACUGGAUCGCUUCAGAAGACUUGGAUUAAACCACUGGAGUUUUAUGGAUUACCUUUAUGCUACCGUUUAUGUCAUUUUUGGAGAUAGAAAGUUUAGUCACUUUUCACGUACAUUUUAUGGACAAACAGACAUCAUAUCUCCAUUAAAAUAUGUUUGUUUGUGUUCCGCGGAAGAAAGAAAGUCAUACAAGUUUAAGACGACAUAAGGGUGAGUAAAUUAUAAGAGAGUUAUCAUUCUUGGGUGAACUAUUCCUUUAAAAGAUUAUAAAGCCAAAACAGACACGUCUGCACAAUCUCUUGGCACUGUUCCUGAUUGCUCAGCAAUUACUGGACAUGAGUUCAUAUCACUUCUGUUCAUUGCUCUAUUUUGUCAAGUCAUUAUCAAAUCACAUGUCGUCUUUUAUCUGGUUGCCUUAAGGAUUAUAAAGCCAUGUCAAAACUGAACAUGGGGGGCUGCGCUGCUCCACAGAAUCUAAUUUUUUCUUCACCUUAUUCUCCAUUGCUUUCUUCUUUUCUUUUUCUAAAUAAAAUCAAAGCAAUUUGCUUUGUUGAGCACAAUCUAAAGUAAUAUACUAUAAUAAUAUGCAUCAGAUCUAUUGCCAAUGACCAUAUAAAGCUGCUUUGUGUUAUUUAAGACUCAAUGAAGUCAACUCAGGAGUCUAAAUUCACUUAAAUUUUACCCAGGCUGGCAUGGUGUAGACAUUUUUUUUUUAAAUGAUUCCAAAGUGACAACUCCUAAAUUUAGAGGAUAAAUAGCCACUACCUAAUCAUUUAUUUAAUGAUGAUUAAACAGAAUGUGAAACAGAGUUCACAUUAUUGUUAUUACUGAAACAAUGGUCCAAUGACCAGCGUCGUUUUUUUGGCUUGGCACUGUGUUAUGCUGCAGAAAUAAAAUAUAUACUGUACCGGUAUAUCUAAUUUGAAUUGUAAGAUUUAGUUGUUGUUAUCAUUGUCCUUAUUGCUGUUAAUGAGAAUGAUAAGGUUAUAGAUUUGGUAUAAAUUAGACUGAAAUCACAAUGUACAGCAUCUAAAUCAUUUUGAAACUAUGCAUUGUAUUAUUUAUAGGCCCUACUAAUAAAGCUCUGCCAACUACACCAAUCCAGUCAAAUAUUUUGAAAAGCUAAUUCUGUUUCAAACAUUCCCGUAAUAUAUUUUAUUAGGCCAUUUAUUAUCAGGACAUUUGAUUAAGACUGCAAGUGGCAGUAUUUUGGCUGAUGCCUCUUAGCUGCUGUCUCACACUAGUGGUCAGCACACGAUCUGGCACAGAGCAGCUCUUACACUGCUGUCAGUAUGGCCUUCAAUGCACAGACUGGAACAGCAAAGCAAAAAUGUCACAACGGUGGAUUGUAAAGCAUGCUUGCGUGCUCCAUUGCUGCUUCAGC